AUUAUGAUGCGCUCUUGCCUAUUUUAAGUAACGGUGUAGACUCAGAAGUAGCUAUUCUGAAAUAAAGUCCGACCGUGCACAACUGACCACCAGGAUAUAAUACUGGUUGAAAAUUAAUUUUGCGAUGUAGGAAGCUCAUUUUGAUAUCAUUUUAGAGCUGUGAUAUAGUUCGCAGCGUUAACGAUAUCAAUAAAGGGAAAUCACAGGAAAAUGACAAAAUGCUUUUUAAAAUUGGCUGAUCCGAGUUCUUAUUAAAUCAGUAGGAAGGAUCCAGUCCAGAUAAUAGACGGUAUCGUAUCGGUGUUGGGGGAGUUUAUACCCAGAGAUUAUAUUCUGUUUUAUGAUUUUUCUGAAACUGUAUCAUUUACCUGUACGUUCUUUGGUGUAAACAACAACCACGGAACACGAUACAAAUGUAAAACAUCUAUCAACAAACAGCCAGCAAAUUUACAAAGAUGCUGCACAAAAAAGAAUUUCCAUCACCUCUUUUGGCAUGGCUGUUUCAUCUCAGUGUCAUCUUGUUCAAACCAUUUUGGUCAUGUUUAAGCGCGUUGGUAUCAAUAUGUAUUGCAACCACUUUUGAGAGGAGGAGGGCGUGGAAAUUGUUUUUUAAAAGAUCUCUUUUGAUUUCUCCACUUUUGGCCGUUUGUUUGUUAUCUCUACCCUUUGCUGUUGUUGGAUUUAUAAUUCGCUGUAUAUUAUACAUGUACAGGAAUCCGUAUCGUCUUUCAGUCAAACAUACAUCUUUUAACGUGCAGAGUUGCAAAAAGAUAAACGAAUAUGGCGUUGCAACACUAAACUUCUGUUUAUUGCCCGAAUUUUUAUCGCGGUUUAAUAAUCUUUCAGACACUCAUUCGCGGGCGAAAGAAAUAGGACAAAGAAUUAUAUUAGAUCAGAUGUUUUAUGGCCAGAGAAAUGAUGUCAAUGACAACGAGGACAUACAGCUCUCACUGCGUCAUUGUAUUAACAACAAUCCACCCGCUGUUAUGACUGGAAUCACGGUCCACUUUCCUAAUUUGGAGUUUCUGUGUAUCCAGGAAGUAUGGCAGUCGAACUAUAGUGAUUUAUUGGUUGAAGAACUUCAUAAGAUUUAUCCUUACGUUAUACGUGACGUGGGGAUAUAUGGACAUGGUAGUAAUUAUUUUUUAUUGAACAGUGGUCUGAUGUUUGCCAGUAAAUAUGAAAUAUUGGACGUUGAUUUUAAAUAUUUUAAAACGAGCUGUAAUCAGUGUGUUUAUGCAGGUAAAGGAUUGUUAAUGAUAAAGGUGCUGUUGUGGUAUGAGGAUAUUAGAACAGAUAAAGCUGUUGUUGGAUAUCUUUAUUCUACACAAUUACAAUCUUAUCAAGGAAAGGUCAAGGUGAUUGAUAAACAGUUGGAUGAUAUUGUAAAAUGGACGAAAGAAUUUCGAGAAACAACAAAACGUGAAAAUGAUGUCAUAGCAUUUGAUAUACUUUCUGGUGAUUUUAACUUUGAUAAUAUUUCCCCAGGUGAUAAAACUGUGAGAGAACAUGAAUUAUUUGAUUUUUAUCGUGAUGAAGGGAGACAAUCUCCAGGUACAGACCAUCAUUGGACUGUUGGAACUGAAAUGAGACAACAUUAUCUUUAUGAAGACGAAGUGUCAAAACCUGAAGGUUUAAAGAAAUGUCUAGAAUCCCCGUUGUUACGACAACAGUACAUCGUGGACGCUGAUAUAGAAGAGGCUAGUCUAGAUAGUAUUGUUUAUGCCUUGCCCAAAACAGAAAUCAGUCCUGUUGGUGGAAAACGUAGAAUAGAUCUGAUUCUGUACCAUGUUGAUUAUCCUGUUAUUCCAACCCGAUAUAAUUUUGUAACACGGCUGAGCAGAUUAACAGAUCAUAUACCAGUUACUAUGAACUUCAAACUACCAACCAACUUUGAUUAGUCCAGUAUGUGAUGUAUUUAUACCAACCAAAUUACAUUAGUCCAGGGCCCUGUUUCACAAAAACUUAAACUAAAAUCACUAAAAUAGGUUUUAACUAAAAUCAAACUGAAAUUUUAAAUUUUAUGCGUUUCACGAAGAUCGAUUGUAACUUAAAAUGCAAUUUUAAUAGAUUUUAGUUAAAAUUGCUUGUGUUCGCGCAGUGCACAAUUCCGGCGAGGGCACUUAGGGUGUAAGCAUACACGCUUCGGAAUUGAAAACGGUUGCCAAGUUGAACUAACCGUUACAAUACCAACGAGGAAAGUUUCAUACGUUGUAACAAUGUCUGCACAUGAUCAGACAGUCGUCGAGAGAUGAAAUAAAUAAGUUUAUUGCGUAUUAUUUGUUUUGAAAUGUAUCAGUUGGUUGGCCUUGAACUUGCCUGUCGCUUUCAUGACCUUGGCAUUUGAUUUACUCGCUGGCUUCAAUGGAAAUAAUGCGUAUGGAUAUACUAAAUCGCUUGAAUUUCGUAGUUUUAUGGUAUUUUGGAUAACAGAAACUAUUGAGAAAUUGUCACAAAUGUGAUAUUUCUGACUCAAACGAUUAAACUAGAUUAAAGUAUUUUGGAUAACAGAAACAUGUGCUAUUUCUGACUCAAACGAUUAAUCUAGACUAAAGUAUUGUGGAAUUUUAAAAGUAUUUAACAACUUUUAAACUAAUACACAAAAUAACCAAUGUUCCGAUGCCAAGAUUUGAAAUGUCAGUGCCAUGGACCCUUUCAAUAAUAAUUUGAAAAUGCCAAAGUGCCACACUCCUUAUUGGAAAAUGCGUAUAUAUCUUACUAAAUUAGAAUGAUUUUUCCCCAUAUAAAAUACCCUUGACUCCUAUAUAAAUCAUCAUAACCCCAAAACCAUAAAUACUUUGCAUAUGACGUAUCUAGUAUUAUAACUGAUGGGGGUUUCGAUUCCCCGGUUGUACGUGACAGGGAGUAGGGUCGCCUGUCCAACCUCGUUGGUUUUUCUCUGGGUCCCCCAGUUUCCUUCAAAUAAAAUUGAACCAUGUGUUAGUCCUGAAAUGACCUAAUUUGUGGCUAGUGGAUGUUACACCCCCCGCCCCCUCUCCUUCAGUAGGCCUACAAAGAUAUUUUCUUAUAGACAUUAGAUUUUUUUUUUAGGUUUUUUUUUUUCGCCUAUUAAUUAUUUGGAAAUAGUAUAAUUUAUACUUGAAUCAUAUGCUUAUAUAUAAAAUAGUAGCAAAAAGUUUUGUUAACUGGGGUUUUAAUUUGAGGCGACAUCUAAUUGCUUAUAUUACCUUACAAUAACAUAAACGGGUGGGCUGCAGCUGUAUUGCCCUUGCAAUGAAAAGAAAUUGAAUGAAAAUUAUUUUUGUGAAUGAUAGUAUGUUUAAAUUAUAUAACCCGGGCCAUUGGCAAUAUUAUCAUUAUUCCAAAUAUAUCUAUAUGUCGCAACAGAUCUCACAACGUAGCUCUAAUCAAUGUUUGUUAAUGCUGUGAUUUUAAGUUAGGAGAGGGUGACGGCUGUCCUAAGUUAAAAUUGAUUUUCGUUAAAAUUGUCCCUAAAAUAGUUUUGUGAAACGCCACUAUUUUAAGUUGAGAUACAAUUUUAUUUUACAAUUUUAUUUUAGUGGAUUUUAUCUAAAAUGCUUAAAAUCGUUUUGUGAAACGCAUCUAUCUUAAGUCAGGAUGGAAUUUUAGUUUAAGACAAUUUUAAGGAGAUUUAAGUUUUUGUGAAACAGAGCCCAGUAUGUGAUAUAUUUAUACCAACCAACUUAUAUUAGUCAAGUAUGUGAUGUAUUUAUACCAACCAA